AUGAGUGCUUUGUUGUCUGAUGCUGAUUUAAAUGACUUCAUAAGUCCUGGACUUGCGUGCGUAAAACCUACGCAGACAUUACGAGAGAAAAAACCGGAUAACGGAGAAAUAGAGGUUGGCAAAGAACCUACUGAGUUAGAAAAAGUCUCCAUUUCGCUACAAGACUGCCUAGCCUGCGCAGGGUGUAUAACAUCGAGCGAGGAAAUUCUUUUGAGCAGGCAAAGUCAUACGGUGUUUCUGAAGGCAUGGGAAGAACUACCGGCCGGUGUGCCACUAGUUGUGAGCAUACCGCCUCAGUGUCGUCUAUCUCUUGCCAGGUUCUACGAGAUGACCCUAGAAGAGUUUGAUGGGUGUUUUAUUGGGAUAAUGACAAAGCGUUUCCAUGCCAAGUAUGUGGUAGGAACACAGUUGGGCAGGAAUAUAGCAGUAUGUGAAACGAUCAAAGCGCUAGCAGAGAAGAAAAAAGAUGGUGACCAAGUCAAGCCCCUGCUAGGUGCAGUAUGCCCUGGAUUUGUGCUUUACUCGGAGAAGACCAAGCCACAGCUUGUGCCGUAUCUGUUAGAUGUGAAAUCGCCACAGCAAAUUACAGGCUCGCUUUUGAAAGAAACAUGUGGAAAGGUAUACCACUUGACCAUCAUGCCAUGCUUUGACAAAAAACUUGAAGCAAGUAGAAAAGAUGGUGAAGGGGAAGUUGACUGUGUCAUCACCCCUCGUGAGUUUGUGACAAUGAUGCAGGAAGUCGGAAUUGACAUUUCGUCGUAUAGAGUGCAAGCUCAAGUCGAAUCGCUUCAGCGUGCCUGUUCCCCUCCUGGCUGGGAUCCACUCGUACACUGGGCAUCAAACGCAGGGAGUAGCUCUGGCGGUUAUGCAUACCAGUAUGUACUUCACCAGCAAUCCUUACAUGCAAACUCUGACAUUAUUACCAUCACAGGCAAGAAUAGCGAUACCAGAGAGUAUCGACUUGUCGAUUCGAAAACAGGCGCCACGCUUGCAUCGGCAAGCGAAGUUUAUGGCUUCCGAAACAUUCAAAAUCUUGUGCGCAAGUUGAUCAGCCCUGGCUCCAGCAACAGGAACGUCAAAGUGCUGCGCAAGCGGACGCCUGCGGCGGCCCAAAAAUCAGCCUCCCAGCAAACUGGGAUUGUGGAUGCAAGCAAAACUGAAUUUGUUGAAGUAAUGGCUUGCCCUGGGGGUUGUAUUAAUGGUGGUGGCCUUUUAAAUGGUGAGCAAAAUAGCACUAGACGUCGUGCACUUGCGCGAGACCUUGAUCGCCAGUACCACGAUCAAUUGCGCCAAGUUGGGUGUCAAGAGAAUGUAUCAGAUACAUACAAGUCCUACAAGUAUCAGUUCACUGCGAUCGCAAGUGCAUCUGACGUUGUCACCGUUGGUAAUACCUGGUAG